ACCCCCAAAUCCUUCCAACACAAUCAGAUUCUUCGCCAAAGACAUCUCCUUGUACCGACGCCACCCUUCUCAGAUUUCGUUACAAUUUUCGAAAUGGCCACGUCAGCACCUCUGCAAUUCCUCGUGGCAAACUCCUUGAUCCGUGCCAAUUCCAAGCAUGUGCCACGUCAGCUGAUGGCCAGAAGCACGCAAGUCCGAUGCCAGGUUGAGGAUCGCUCACCGGCGCCAUCAACGCCAUCCAAGCCUGGGAAGAUCCCUCAAACCCCGCCACCUCAGACCCCUUCCCCUGACCCAAAGAAGGGCAGCACCAAGUUCACGGACGUUUUGGCUUUCAGUGGGCCUGGACCUGAGAUAAUCAACGGGAGGCUGGCGAUGGUUGGCUUUGUAUCAGCGAUUGGAGUAGAGCUGGCCAAAGGUGAUGGGGUAGUGGCCCAGCUGGCAAAUGGAGGGCUGCCGUGGUUUGUGGGGACCACCAUCGUGCUCUCUCUUGCUUCCUUGAUACCCUUGUUUAAGGGUGUGAGUCCGCAGUCGAAGUCAGAUGGAUUGAUGACCUCGAAUGCUGAGCUGUGGAACGGGAGAUUUGCGAUGCUGGGUUUGGUGGCACUUGUCUUCACCGAGUAUCUUACGGGUGGAGCCCUUGUGUAGGCUCAGCGCGGCCCGGUGUUAAUGUGCAAUGUUACAGAGUUUAAUCGUCCACACCUUAGUUUGGAUAGAUACACGAAAAAAUAUUGUAAAAUCCCUUUUAUAACGAUGGCAAGGCAUUUCAAGUAUAAA